GAAUUUCCUUCGCUUAUUCUCAGUUUGCUGCGUCCCAGCAUUACAAAAUAAAUCUUAAAGGAUAUUUGAACUCUCAUUCCUCAAAUAACUAAAAUGCGUACCCGAUCCGCUUCUAUCGUCGCCGGCAUCGCCGCCCUCGCUCCCACAGGAGGAUCAGUAGCUAUUCCGGCUACCGACCCCUAUGUCGGUGAUCUCAGAACAUUUUCUCGGACAGGUUGCUCAGCUGAUAACCAAGGGGUUGGAACUUUUACCCAGUCCAUGACCAGUUCCUGCCAAGUCUAUGCCACAGAGUUCAAUUCCCUUUACAUCCACCUUAAUCCUGGAUGGAUCUUCCGCGCCCACAACACACCGGACUGCCAUGACGCCGGCAUCGUCAUCGCCGAAACGACGGCCGGAUCAUCCCCUGUUGUUUGCAACAACCAAACCAGCCCCAACUGGGUUGCCUACAGCGUCCGUCCCAUUCAGCCCGGCGACCCUGGCACUUGAAUGAUUUCAUCCGAGUCUUAAUAAUUUGAUUAUGGAUUGCUUAAGGAGCUUGCUGUUAUGACAAAACGGUUAUGAUACACGAAGACUGCGACGGUUCAAUAUAGGGUAUUCUGGAAGUCUUUCUAUGA